UAACAGCAGGACAACAGCACAAAGGAAACUUGUAGAAGAAAAUCUUGGAAGCAUCCUUCUAGACUUUUUAACGGAAUUCAGACAGACAAGCAUUACUACUAAUAUUAUAUCAAUGAGUCAUUAGACUGCAAAUGUUUGGGAGUGGGCGUCACUCUCGCGAGAUUUUUUUACACCACUGGGCGAACACAAGGACUGGCGGCAGCGACUGCAACUGGAGGGAAGGUCGCGAUUCCUCAGAAAGUUUUGUCUUCGUGAAAUCCUCCUCAGCAUCCUGUCUGCAGCUUUUCUGUUGUUGGAAUAGCUUGCAAAGUACUGCAUUUUAAGGGAACCAAAGGGACUGUAUGGUACUGCUAGCAGUGCUGUUAAUCCGAAUAGUGGAGAGAAACAUCCACAGAAUUAAGAUUUCUGGGAUUUAACAAGGUGGAAAAAUACAAAGGGAAGUUCAAAAGCAUCAGGGCAGGUGUGGAUUAAAAAGUGAAGGAGCUCUCGGCAGUAUGCGGCUGAGACUUCUUCCUUCGUUCGCUCUGGGAUUUACAUUUCUGGUACAGUUCAGUCGAAGUGCUGAACGAGAAGCUGCAGCUGGCAGGUAUCCUGGUGUUGAAGACAAAGUGAAUCGGACCAAACGGCGAGGAAAUAGUCCGGAUGCAUUAAGAGGGCCUAAUGUAUGUGGAUCCACGUAUAAUGCAUAUUGUUGUCCGGGGUGGAAAACAUUACCUGGUGGAAAUCAGUGCAUUGUCCCAAUUUGCAGAAAUUCUUGUGGAGAUGGGUUUUGUUCACGACCAAAUAUGUGUACAUGCCAGAAUGGCCAGGUAGCACCAUCCUGUGCUUCCAGCCAACAAUGCAACAUAAGAUGCAUGAAUGGAGGUUCAUGUGCAGAUAAUCAUUGCACCUGUCUAAAAGGAUAUACAGGAAACCACUGUGGUCAACCUGUUUGUGAACGUGGUUGUCUAAAUGGAGGAAGAUGUGUUGCUCCAAAUCAGUGUGCUUGUACGUAUGGAUUCACUGGACCACAGUGUGAAAGAGAUUAUAGGACUGGGCCAUGUUUUACAUCAGUAAGCAAACAGAUGUGCCAAGGGCAACUGAGUGGAAUAGUCUGCACAAAGACCCUUUGCUGUGCAACAGUUGGAAGAGCAUGGGGACACCCUUGUGAAAUGUGUCCUGCACAGCCACAUCCAUGCCGUCGAGGCUUCAUUCCAAAUAUUCGAUCAGGAGCUUGUCAAGAUGUGGAUGAAUGCCAAGCUAUCCCAGGGAUCUGUCAAGGAGGGAAUUGUGUUAACACAGUAGGGUCCUUCGAGUGCAAAUGCCCAGCUGGACACAAAUUUCAUGAAAUCACACAGAAAUGUGAAGAUAUUGAUGAAUGCAGUACAAUUCCUGGCUUAUGUGAUGAAGGAGAGUGUACAAACACUGUGGGAAGCUAUACUUGCAAGUGCUCUCUUGGUUAUUACACUACAGCAGAUCGCUCAAGAUGUAUAGAUGCAAGGAGCGGCUAUUGCUUUACCAGUUUAAUUAAUAAUCGUUGCACAAAUCAACUACCACAAGCAUUAACCAAGAUGCAGUGCUGUUGUGAAAAUGGACGGUGUUGGUCAGCUGGAACCGUUUCAGAAAUGUGUCCAUUAAGAGGAACUGAGGGAUAUCGUAAGUUGUGUAUAAUGCCAGGAUUUUCACCAAUUGAUUACCCUGUUCCACUGCCUGGCCCUGUUCCAGAAUACCCUGUAGUGCCACCUCCUUUUCCCCCACAUCCUCGUCCUCCUGUAUUGCCAAAUGGACCUGGAGCUGCUGCUACUACUACCCAGCCAGGUGUGGUACUUCCACGUGUAGAGACUGACUAUUGCAAUAUUUAUCGGCAUCUCUGUGUUAAUGGGCGCUGUAUUCCUACUAUACAGAGCUAUAGAUGUGAAUGUAAUAAAGGAUUCAAACUUGACAGCAGAGGAGAAUGUAUUGAUGAAGAUGAUUGUGAAAGUAACCCCUGUGUCAAUGGAGAUUGUGUAAAUACUCAAGGAUCUUACAUCUGCCAGUGUCAUACAGGUUUUCAAACUUCACCUUCUAGAACAGAAUGCCAUGAUAUCGAUGAAUGUGUUCAGAAUGGACGAAUAUGCAAUAAUGGUCGCUGUAUUAACAUACCUGGAAGUUUCAACUGUGUUUGCAAUGCUGGAUUCCAAGUGACAAUUGACCAAAGAAAUUGUGAAGAUCAAGAUGAAUGUAGUGUACCAAACACGUGCUUGAAUGGACUGUGCAUCAAUGAACCUGGUAGCUUUAAAUGUAUCUGCAGGCCAGGUUUCCAGUUAGCACCAACUGGUCGUUAUUGCACAGAUAUUGAUGAGUGUGAGAUACCAGGCAUUUGUAUGAAUGGACGUUGUAUUAAUACUGAAGGUUCUUUUCACUGUGAAUGCCAACCAGGGUUAGCUGUUGGACGUGAUGGACGGGUCUGUACUGAUACUCAUAUGAGAAGUACAUGCUAUGCUGUUUAUAGAGGAGGAAGAUGUGAAAAACCUUUACAGGGAGCCAUUACUAAAUCAGACUGUUGCUGUGCAAGCAGUGACUAUGCCUUUGGAGAACCUUGCUUACCAUGUCCUCGAGUAAAUUCAGUGGAGUUUCAAGCUCUUUGCAGCACGAUUGGUCUCAAAGUACAUGGAGAAGAUAUUGAUGAAUGCUACCUUAAUCCAGACAUAUGUGUUCAUGGAAAAUGUGUGAAUCUACACGGCUCCUACACGUGCCAGUGCAAUCCUGGAUUUGAACCAGAUUUAGAACGAAAAUAUUGCAUUGAUAUAGAUGAAUGCCUGUUAUCCUGGAGGUACUGUGACAAUGGACAAUGCAGAAAUUCACCAGGAAAUUAUACCUGCACAUGUCAAAAAGGAUAUAACUUCAAUCCAAACUCUGGAGCUUGCGAAGAUAUUGAUGAAUGCCAGACAAACCCAUGUGUAAAUGGUGAAUGCAGGAAUAAUGUUGGAUCCUUCGUUUGUGAAUGCCUUCCUGAAAGUUCUUUGGAUGAAUCAAAAACUGUCUGCAGAGAAGUAAUGAGGAGUACCUGCUGGUUGAAGAUUUCUGAUGGAAGGUGUGAAGUAAAUAUUAAUGGAGCUACACUGAAAUCACAGUGCUGUGCAACUCUAGGUGUAGCCUGGGGAAGUCCGUGUAUUCCAUGUGAAACAGAUUCCAUCUGUUCCAGAGGAUAUGUAAGAGUCACAGGGACUGAGUGCAGAGAUGUUAACGAAUGUGAGGUAUUUCCUGGAAUAUGCACAAAUGGGCAGUGUGUGAAUACUCCUGGGUCAUUUGUUUGUCAGUGCCCCAGCAAAAUGAGCCUAGAUGCUUCUGGACGAACAUGCAUUGAUAUUCGCUUGGAGUCCUGUUAUCUGGCAUUCGACCAUGAAGAGUGCUCUACACCCAUAUUAGGAAGGCACCGCAUUGAUGCAUGCUGCUGCUCAGUUGGUGCUGCUUGGGGACCAGACUGUGAUCCAUGUCCUGAUAAAGGAACACCAGAGUAUGAAGCACUUUGUCCCAGAGGACCAGGUUUUGCAAGUCGUGGUGAGAUAAUUAAUGGGAAGCCCUUUUUCAAAGAUAUCAAUGAGUGUAAAAUGAUUCCCUCGCUGUGCACUCAUGGGAAGUGCAAGAACACCAUAGGGAGUUUCCACUGCAGGUGUAACAAUGGAUUUGCACUAGAUUCUGAAGAACACAACUGCACAGAUAUUGAUGAAUGUCGGAUAUCGCCUGAUAUUUGUGGACAUGGAACAUGCGUUAAUACUCCUGGAGACUUUGAAUGUGACUGCACAGAAGGUUAUGAAAGUGGGUUUAUGAUGAUGAAGAAUUGUAUGGAUAUCAAUGAGUGUGAACGGGAUGUUCUUCUUUGUCGUGGAGGCACAUGUAUUAACACUGAAGGAAGUUACCGCUGCAGUUGCCCUAAAGGUCAUCAAGUUUCUCCUGAUGGGAGAUCAUGCUUAGAUAUUGACGAAUGCUUGCUAAGUGACAGCCUUUGCAGACAUGGCCGCUGUGUUAAUGUAAUUGGAAGUUACCACUGUGCUUGUAAUAUGGGAUACCAGGCCACUUCUGACAGAUUAUCAUGCAUUGAUGUUGAUGAGUGCAAAAUUGGAAAUGGAGGAUGUGAUUCUUUCUGCACAAAUUCUGAAGGGAGUUACGAAUGCAGUUGCAGGCAUGGCUUUGCAUUAAUGCCAGAUAAAAGGACCUGCACAGACAUCGAUGAAUGUGAAACACAGCAUGAUAUUUGCCUGGGAGGGCAGUGUACCAAUGUACCUGGAGAAUACAGAUGUCUUUGCUUUGAUGGAUUUAUGGCAUCAGAGGAUAUGAAAACCUGUAUAGAUGUCGAUGAAUGUGAACUUAAUCCAAACAUUUGUUUAAGUGGGAGCUGUGAAAAUACCAGAGGUUCAUUCAUUUGUCACUGUGACCUGGGAUAUUCUGUCAAAAAAGGAACAACUGGCUGCACAGAUAUUAAUGAGUGUGAAAUUUCUGCACAUAACUGUGACAAAAAUGCAAUAUGCACAAAUACAGCUGGGAGCUUUAAAUGCAGCUGUAGCCCAGGCUGGAAUGGAAAUGGCAUCAAGUGUCUAGAUGUGAAUGAAUGUACUAAUGGAACACACCGUUGCAAUGGUCAUGCCGAAUGCAGGAAUACUUUGGGCUCCUACAGGUGCAUAUGUAAAGAAGGUUUCAGUGGAGACGGCUUUUUCUGUACAGACAUUGAUGAGUGUACUGAAAGUCCUGACACUUGUGAAAAUGGGCAUUGCUUGAAUACCCCUGGUGGUUUUCGUUGUGACUGUGAGAUGGGAUUUACACCUACACCUGAUGGGAAAGCAUGUGAAGAUAUAGACGAAUGCUCCUUUCAUGACAUCUGUGUUAAUGGAAUUUGCAAGAAUCUUCCUGGUUUAUUCCAGUGUGAAUGUAACACUGGAUAUGAAUUGGACAGAAGUGGUGGGAAUUGUACAGAUAUUGAUGAGUGUGCAAGUCCUACAAUCUGCAUCAGUGGAACAUGUGUUAACACCCCUGGCAGUUAUGUCUGUAACUGUCCUCCUGAUUUUGAGUUGAAUCCCACUCAUGUAGGCUGUAUAGAUACGCGCUCUGGUAACUGUUAUGUGGAGAUACGCCAAAGAGGAGAUAGUUUAGUCUGCAGUAAUGAAAUUGGAAUUGGGGUUUCUAAGGCAUCCUGCUGUUGUGCUGUGGGUAGAGCUUGGGGUAAUCCUUGUGAAGAAUGCCCAUCUGUCAACUCAACUGAUUACAAGCUUCUUUGCCCUGGAGGAGAAGGUUUCCGACCAAACCCUAUUACUGUUAUCCUGGAGGACAUUGAUGAAUGUGUUGAACUGCCAGGAUCAUGUCAAGGAGGGAAGUGUAUCAACACAUUUGGAAGUUUCCAGUGUCAGUGUCCUACUGGUUACUAUCUGAAUGAAGAAACAAGACUGUGUGAAGAUGUAAAUGAAUGUGAAACUCCUGGAAUCUGUGGACCUGGAACUUGUUACAAUACUGUUGGAAAUUACACCUGUAUUUGUCCACCUGACUUCAUGCAAAUCAAUGGUGGAAAUAACUGUAUGGAUAUGCGAAAAGGAUACUGUUACAGACAUUACAAUGCUCAAAGUCAGACUUGUGAUAAUGAACUGCCAAUUAAUACAACAAAGAAAAUGUGCUGUUGUGCUUAUGAUAUUGGGCGAGCAUGGAAUAAACCUUGUGAACCAUGUCCUACUCCUGGCACUGAUGCAUUUGCAGAGCUUUGUGGAAGUAGAAUUCCUGGCUUUGUUAUUGACAUUUACACUGGGCGCCCAGUUGAUAUUGAUGAAUGCAGAGAAAUUUCUGGAAUCUGUGAGAACGGACUUUGUGUAAAUAUGAUUGGCAGCUUCAGAUGUGAAUGCAGAAUGGGAUUUGUGUACAAUGACAGGACGCUAAGAUGUGAUGAUAUUAAUGAAUGUCAGAAUGGGGCAAUAUGCCAAGCAAAUGCAAUAUGCAUUAACUUAGAAGGCAGAUACCGUUGUGACUGCAAACCAGGAUUCAAAUUAACAUCAACAGGACACUGUGUUGAUCGCAACGAAUGUCAAGAAAUCCCAAAUGUCUGUAGCCAUGGGCGAUGUAUUGAUUUAGAUGGAGGUUAUCGCUGUGUCUGCCAUAAUGGAUUUAAGGCAACACCAGAUGAAACUAUGUGCAUAGACAUUGAUGAAUGUGAAAGAAAUCCAUGUGGAAAUGGAACUUGUAAGAACAAUGUUGGGUCCUACAACUGCCUUUGCUAUCGUGGCUUCAUUCUCUCCCACAAUAAUGACUGCAUAGAUGUUGAUGAGUGUGCAACAAGCAAUGGAGCACUCUGUAGAAAUGGUUUGUGUAUAAACACAGCUGGGUCAUUCAACUGCAUUUGUAAUGAAGGAUAUGAAGUUUCUUUAGAUGGAAGAACUUGUACAGAUAUUAACGAAUGCAUUGUGCAAGCUGGUGUUUGUGCACCAGGAACUUGUCAGAAUUUGGAAGGAACAUUCCGAUGCAUCUGCCCUCCAGGAUUUCUUUUGAAAGAUGACAAAUGUGAAGAUAUUGAUGAGUGUACUACUGAUCCAGAGCUGUGUGUCCUUGGAAAAUGCAAGAACACUCUAGGCAGCUUUAAAUGUGAAUGCCCAGAAGGAUUCCGUCUCUCAUCAUCAGGAAGAAGAUGUAUUGAUGUGAGAGUAAGCUAUUGCUUUACAAGCAUUGAAGAAGGACCUUGCUCAGCUCCAAAAGCGAGAAACUUUACUAAAGAAGAAUGUUGCUGUGGACCUUUACCAGGAGUAGGAUGGGGUGUUCCAUGUGAGAUUUGCCCCAGAAAGGAUGAGGAAUCCUACAACGUAACCUGCAGACAGAUUAGUCCCAGUCACCGUCCUGGUCCUGGUCCUAUUGAUGAAGGAACUAUUGACAUGGAUGAGUGUAAGGAUCCAGAUGUCUGCAAAAAUGGCAAGUGCAUUAAUACUGAUGGUUCCUACCGCUGCGAGUGUCCUUUUGGAUUUGUCCUUUCUGGAUUUGAAUGUCUGGAUACUGAUGAAUGCUCUGUUGGUAAUCCUUGUGGCAAUGGUACCUGCCUGAACGUAGUUGGUGGAUUUGACUGCAUUUGUGAUGAAGGUUUUGAACCUGGACCUAUGAUGGCUUGUGAAGAUAUAAAUGAGUGUGCACAAAACCCAUUGCUUUGUGCAUUCCGUUGUGUCAACACUUUUGGGUCAUACGAAUGUAAGUGUCCUGCUGGAUAUGUUCUUCGAGAGGACAAAAGAAUGUGCCGAGAUCAAGAUGAAUGUGAAGAAGGAAUCCAUGACUGUGAAUCUAAAGGAAUGACCUGCAAGAACCUUAUUGGAACAUUCAUGUGUAUCUGUCCUCUUGGAUAUCAGCGCAGUGCAGAUGGUGAAAGCUGUGUAGAUGUCAAUGAAUGUCGAACCAAGCCUGGUAUCUGUGCAAAUGGCCGUUGCAUCAAUACAGUCGGCAGUUUCAGGUGUGAAUGCAAUACAGGCUUUACUGUCAGUUCUUCACAGACCGAAUGCCUUGAUAACCGACAAGAUGUUUGUUUCAUGGAAGUACUACAAACCAUGUGUCAGAUGACAUCAAGCAACAGGAACCGCGUCACCAAAUCUGAGUGCUGUUGUGAUGGGGGUCGAGGCUGGGGUGCUAGUUGUGAAAUUUGUCCAUUUAUGGGUACACCUGAAUUUAAAAAGUUGUGCCCACAUGGCCCUGGAUACACUACUGAUGGAAAAGACAUUGAUGAAUGCAAAGUUAUUGAAGGAGUCUGCAAAAAUGGACUUUGCAUCAAUACCAUAGCAUCUUAUCGCUGCCAAUGUAAACCUGGAUACACAACUGAUAUAACAAACACAGACUGUGUAGAUCUUGAUGAAUGUAACCAAGCUCCAAAGCCUUGCAAUUUUAUAUGCAAAAACACUGAGGGAAGUUAUCUGUGUGCAUGUCCAAGAGGUUAUAUAUUACAAGAGGAUGGAAGAAGCUGUAAAGAUCUUGAUGAAUGUGCAACAAAGCAGCACAACUGUCAGUUCAUCUGCGUGAACACUAUAGGAGGUUUCACUUGCAAGUGUCCACCUGGAUUCACUCAACAUCAUACAUCUUGCAUUGAUAACAAUGAAUGCAUUGGUGAUCCCAACCUUUGUGGAUCGAAAGGAGUAUGUCAAAAUACACCAGGAAGCUUCAGUUGUGAAUGUCAACAUGGGUUCUUCCUUGACAAAACUGGAAUAAACUGUGAAGAUGUAGAUGAAUGUGAUGGAAAUCACCGCUGCCAGCAUGGUUGUCAGAAUUUGGUUGGUGGGUACAGAUGCAGCUGCCCUCAAGGCUACCUGCAGCAUUACCAGUGGAACCAGUGUAUUGAUGAAAAUGAAUGCCUUAAUACUCAUAUCUGUGGAGGAGCAUCUUGUCAUAAUACACUUGGAAGCUACCGAUGUAGCUGCCCAACAGGGUUUAACUAUGAGCAAUUUUCUGGUGCUUGUACUGAUGUUAAUGAGUGCACCUCAUCUCAAAACCCAUGUACCCACGGCUGUUCCAACACUGAUGGUGGUUAUCUGUGUGGCUGCCCACCUGGCUAUUACAGAGCAGGUCAAGGACACUGUGUUUCUGGAAUGGGAUUAGGAAAUGGACAUUUACAAGUUCCAGAAGAAGUAAAUGAUGAUAAUGUCCUUUCACCAGAAGCCUGUUAUGAAUGCAAAAUUAAUGGUUACCCAAAACGAGGAAGGAACCGUAGAAGUGCCAAUGAAACAUACAGUGCAGAAUCGGAUGUUAAGGGUAAGAAUGUGGGAGAAUCAAUAGUAAGCCUUGACAGCUUGGAUAUCGGUGAUCCAUUGGAAUUUACAUUAAACAUCGCAGAGCUACACAGUAAAGACCAUAUCCUUGAACUGAUCCCAGCACUAUCUGCUUUAACAAACCACUCCAGAUAUAAAAUUGACUCUGGGAAUGAAGAUGGCAUCUUCAGAAUCAGCCAAAAAGAAGGAAUAAGCUACUUACACUUGUCAAAGAAGAAGCAUGUAGCUGCUGGGAACCAUUUUCUUCAGAUCAGUAGUACACCACUAUAUAAAAAGAAUGAACUUGUUGCGCUAAAAGACAAACAUGAUAAAGACUAUCUCAGUGGUGAACUUGGUGAUAUUUUAAAAAUGAAAAUUCGGAUUGUCCUUCUUUAAUUCAUCAGGGGAAGAGUAAACUACUUAUGCCAAAGAAAGGUGGAACUUUGCCGUUUUCCUUAAUCCUCUUCUGCCUAUCAUCUGUACAACCUUUCAGGAAUGUAGAAUAUGAAAACACGUUCUAUAAAUGUAAUAAAAUGUGCAGUAUGAACAGCAGUUUUAAAAAGCAUUGUUUAAAGUAUCACAGAAAUUCAGCAAAUUGAUAUCUUGCUAAUCAGUCAUAAAUGAUAUGCUGAAUCUUAACGUUUGAGAACAUUUUAAAGCUAUUAAGGCCACUGAUGUUGAGAUUGUUCAUUAUUUCACCAGUGGUGUAUGAAACUGUAUUGCAUUGAUGGAAGCUGCAUUUGUAAACAAUUUAAAAGUUUCUAUUUCAGCUACAACUUACAAAAUAAUAUUGUGUAUUUGGUGCUACAUUAGUAAUGUUUCAACUUCAUUAUGCACUGUUAUAUGUAAAACUUGAUAGUCAAAAUACAGAUAACACCCUUCUCAAGGCUUAUGCCAUUAUUAUGCAGUCAGCCAAAGAUACAUUGGUUGUAUAUUUUCAGUUAUGCCUUUAUUACAUGGAAGUUAAAUGUAUGUACAUACUGUGGCCAUGCUUGACCUUAUUUUGAAAGCAUCUGUAAACUGCUUUUAAAUCUAUAGGUCAGGGUUUUCAAUGGUGCUUAAAGAGACAUACUCCUUUCUUUUUUGUGGCCAUGAUCUUGAUUAUACAGUGUUACGAACAUACUGAAAAUAAGAUGUUGCAUCUCAACUGGGCUGUGCCAGGUGAAGUAAUGAUAGAAGUGGAAGGAAUUUAUGAAUAUGCACUGAAAUUGGCCUGAGAUUACCAGUGUUUCUCCAAAAUCUGAUGAUGAUUACUGUUGUCAUACAUGGUAUGUCAUAUCAACACACAGCAGCAAAAAUGUUGACUUUUAUGUACUGAUGUUUUUACCCCAUGGUGUUUAUGUUGCAGGAAAGAAUGUCAUGUCUACAAUAGUUUUGCUUUUAGUAUUCAGUACUUUAUCUGGUUUACUGUAUGACAUUAUUGAUAAAAUAUGAUAAGAAUCACCAAAGCAUGCCCACACAGAACUGUUGAGACAAAAUGACACACUAUUUUCAAUACACAUUUAUUAUUUUAUUUGCAGUAUUUUUGUAAAAAAAAAUGAGAAUAAAUCACCACAUUUUGAUCCUUACUUUUA